AUGCGAGCCAGUGCUAUGACGUUCCGUGGUCGGAUGGAUGUUAAACCGUGGAUGGGUGUUGGCUGCUAUCCUGUGACGCCGAGUUUUAUUGGAGGUAUGCUAUCAGUGAAACCUGCCUACAAUCAUUACAAGAUGAUGCGCCCUCAGCGGCCACUGAGAGCGAUCGGGACCAACGUCACUCUGCCGCCCGUAUUGUACAACCGCUUAGACCAAAUUGUACAGAUCGAAAAUGCCAUAGCGCUUCAACGUGUGGAGCGCCAAGUAGAAAUGACGCUGUCUCAGCUGGCCCUUGGUAUUCGUAACGCCGAAGAUUUCCUUGAAAAACAUUUAUUACAUGCACCAGUUCGCCCGUCGCUUCACAUGCUUUGGUUCCACGAGGAUGGUAUCCGCAAAAAUCAACACAUUUUGUCGACGCUUGGCGCCCAUCACCUCGUUCCUCUUUUCAGCUUGCUAGCAUAUGAUGUCGAACGAGGGAGGAUGUCUCUGCAUAUGGCGGAGGAGCUGUACGAUGAGCUGAUGGACUGCUCUGUCGCCCAACCUAAAGUAGUGCAGCGAGAGCUAACCAACCAAAUGGUGCGGGCCUACUGCUUGCAUGAUGAGUUCGAGAAGGCUCUCGAUGUAGUGUCGGAGAUGAAAGCGAAGGGGAUUCGUCGUACAUUUGUUACUUAUGCACCCAUUUUUCGUAUGAUUCGCUCCAAAGAGGAAGUGGAAACGCACCUAAAAUUAGAGCAGUUUAUGCGCGAUGCAGAGGGCGGUCGACUUCAAAAGCUUUGUUUUAUCGACGUGCCUCGAAUAUUUUACGUGUUUGGUGUUUUUAUUCGAUACAAUUGGGCUGCAAUAAACUCUAUAUUCACUGCCAUUUGUACCAUCGCUGCCCUCCACCUGUUCAACUAUGGUAUUUAG